CAGUCAAAGUCCAACAAAGGCGGGCGGAAUGACUUCAGUGACUCGUUUUUGGCUUUUGGUGACAGUCGCUGUGGCUGGAAGGGCGAAGAACGACGGCGACGACGAGUGGGUUCAUCUUCCGGACAAUUGUGAAGUGUGCAAGUUUGUCAGCAUCGAGAUGAAGUCCGCGUUCGACGAAACGGGGAAGACCAAGGAAGUCAUCGACCGCAACUAUCGCUUCAUUGACAGCAAGGGAGCUCCGCCCAUCAAAUAUGUCAAGUCCGACCUGCGCUUCAUCGAGGUGCUGGAGAACGUGUGUCACAGGCUGCUCGAGUACAACCUGCACAAAGAGAGAAGCGGCAGCAACCGCUUCGCCAAGGGCAUGUCCGAGACCUUCUCCACCCUUCACGGCCUGGUCAAUAAAGGCGUCAAUGUGGUCAUGGACAUUCCCUACGAGCUGUGGAACGAGACGUCGGCCGAAGUGUCUGACCUCAAGAAGCGGUGUGACGUGUUGGUGGAGCAGUAUGAGGAUGUGAUUGAAGACUGGUACAAAGGUAACCAGGAAGAAGACUUGACCACUUACCUGUGUGAGAAGCAUGUGCUGAAAGGAAAGGACACAGCCUGUUUGAAGGAGGAGUGGACACCCAAAAGGAAGGGAGACCAGGCGGCCAUUGCAGAAAAGAAGAAGAAAAGCAAAGCAGUUGACAGCAAGAAGAAAGUGAAGGAGGAGGAGGAGGAGGAGGAGGGAGUCCAGCCUCAGGUGUCUCUGUCUGGGACCAAGACUGAGCUGUGACAAAUCGAGCCGCAAUGCAGGAACACUUGCGUUCCUCUGUACUUUUGUUUUAAUGGUAAUGCUGGAUGUGUGUGUGUGUGUGUGUGUGUGUACAAGGUGCUAUUUAAAGAUGCACGCGUGCAUUUGCUAGUGUUUUGUUGUAAAACGUGCUUGAUGCUGUGGCAUUUGUGUCUUCCAAUAAAGUUUUAUAUGUAUAACUA